GACUGCUGUAGUGCCAUCGCCUUUCCGGUGCAAAAGAUUUCCCCCUCAGGAAGAGCUGCGUGCAUUUUCCCCCGCGGAAAAAGCCCAACCCCAAUCCCAUGGCUGGUGGAAAGCGGCGGCAGCGAGGAAAGCGCGCGAAAGCCAUGGCGACAGGGUGGCCGCUGCUCCUUUGCGCGUAGGACUGCAGAUUCCUUGGAGCUACUACUCGCCCGCUACCAGCAAGCAAAGAAACCAGGCAGCAUCCUCCGGCAUUCCUCUGCCCGCGCCUUUUCUUUACCGCCUGUUGCUGCUUUCUUCUUUGGGGGCUUGGGUCUUGACCUCCUCCCCACGCAAGGAACCGCCCGUCUUCUUCCUCUCCGGCGUGUCCUGGACGGCUUGUUUCUUGGCCGCCUUCGCUUGCUCUGUUUCUUGUUCUGCUCUUGAGUGAAGUAGUACCAGCGGAGCGGAGCAGAGUGAAUCAGUGAGGUGAAGGGCUCGCUUUCUUGGCACGAGACAGGGGAAGAGGAGGAUGGCCGGAGGAGGGGCGGCGCCGCCGCCGAAGCAGGAGGAGCUGCAGCCGCAGCCGGUGAAGGACCAGCUGCCCAGCGUGUCCUACUGCAUCACCAGCCCACCACCCUGGCCUGAGGCCGUCAUACUUGGAUUCCAACACUACAUUGUGAUGCUGGGCACAUCUGUCAUCAUACCAAGUGCUCUUGUUCCCCAGAUGGGUGGAGGAAACGAGGAGAAGGCUCGGGUGAUUCAGACGCUGCUGUUCGUUGCCGGCAUCAACACCUUGUGCCAGUCAUUCUUCGGGACUCGUCUCCCAGCAGUAAUGGGUGGAUCCUACACCGUCGUCGCACCGACCAUUUCCAUCAUCAUGGCCAGCCGCUAUAGCAAUGAAACAGACCCUCGUGAGAAAUUCUUGCGGACUAUGAGAGGAACCCAAGGCGCUCUGAUCAUUGCGUCGACAAUUCAGAUCAUACUUGGUUUUAGUGGCCUCUGGCGCAAUGUUGUUAGGUUGCUAAGCCCAUUGUCUGCUGUUCCUCUGAUCUCGCUUGCUGGAUUUGGGCUUUAUGAGCUUGGUUUUCCAGGGGUUGCAAAGUGUGUGGAAAUUGGGCUCCCAGAAAUCAUUCUGAUGCUCAUAUUUUCUCAGUAUUUACCUCAUGCUAUUCGUGUGGCAAAGCCUGUGUUCGACCGGUUUUCUGUAAUCUUCACCAUUGCUAUUGUAUGGCUGUAUGCAUACAUUCUUACUGUCAGUGGUGCAUACAAGAAUGCCCGGACAAAGACACAAAUGCAUUGCCGUGUUGACCGCUCUGGACUUAUAAGUGGAGCACCUUGGAUUAAUGUUCCAUACCCUUUUCAAUGGGGAGCUCCAACAUUUGAUGCUGGUGAAUGUUUUGCGAUGAUGAUGGCAUCAUUUGUCGCUCUUAUAGAGUCAACUGGAACCUUCAUUGCCGUGUCAAGAUACGCAAGCGCAACUAUGAUACCUCCCUCUGUUCUUGGUCGUGGCAUUGGUUGGCAGGGCAUUGGUACUUUGCUGGGUGCAUUUUUUGGGACAGCUAAUGGAACUGCAGUGUCAGUAGAAAAUGCAGGUUUACUUGCCUUGACACAUGUCGGCAGCCGGAGAGUAGUCCAAAUAUCUGCAGGAUUCAUGAUCUUCUUCUCUAUUCUUGGAAAAUUCGGAGCAAUUUUUGCGUCCAUCCCACUGCCGAUAUUUGCUGCCUUGUACUGCAUAUUCUUCGCAUAUAUUGGCGCUUGUGGUCUCAGCUUCCUUCAGUUCUGCAACCUGAACAGCUUCAGGACCAAGUUCAUCAUGGGGUUCUCCUUCUUCAUGGGUUUGUCAGUCCCGCAGUACUUCAACGAGUACACAUCUGUUGCCGGCUAUGGCCCGGUGCACACCGGCGCCCAAUGGUUCAACGACAUGAUCAACGUGCCCUUCUCGUCCAAGGCGUUCGUGGCGGUGCUGGUGGCCUUCUUCCUGGACAACACGAUCCAGCGGCGCGACACCUCAGUGCGGAGGGACAGGGGCUACCACUGGUGGGACAAGUUCCGGAGCUUCAAGACGGACAGCCGCAGCGAGGAGUUCUACUCCCUGCCCUUCAACCUCAACAAGUUCUUCCCGUCCGUGUGAUCCUGAUCCUGCUGCUUGGGUGGCGGAUAGGUUCAUCGUUGUUCCUCACCACAGCUCGGACCGGACCGGAGAAGAAAAACCAUCAGUAAGUCCGGCGCAGAUGAUGCUGGGCUGGAACUGGACUGAUGGCAGUGUACAUUCAGGGAUGAACUGGUGGAACAAUUCCAUGAGAGCUUUUGGGUUUUGGCAUGUCUCAAUGUUUGGUUGGUUCAAAUGAUAGGUGUGCUGAUAGUUGAGCCGUUAGGCCCUUUUGCGUUUGCCGAGAAGAAUAUUAGUUGUCUUGUAUUUUAUAGUAAGUGUAGUAAUCAGUAUAGCCUUUGUUAUUAGUAACUGUACCCUCCUUGCAUUGGUCACGAGAGCACGGCAUUUUGGAUGAGAUUCUGCGCAA